AUGUUGGCGCAAGUUAUUGGGGUAUUGAUGCUGAGUUGCGUCAGCCAUGGAUCUUUACUGCAGCUGCCAGGAAUCGUGCACGUGGAUCGCAACUGGUUCGCGUCAUCAAACGACCCUAUAGGCACCGUGGUGACGCGAGUACAACGGGAGACCACUGGGAGUGAGAGCGUGCGGUACGGUCUGGAGACUAGCGGGCCGCCUGCUCCUUUUAAAAUCGACUCAAAAACCGGAGUCGUUACUGUUAAUGACACGCUUCUUGAUAAGGAAAACCAAUCCUAUUCAUUAUGGGUGACAGCUGACGACGGUUCAAUUCCACAACGAUUAGAAGUCCUUGCCACAAUAACCGACAGCUCUGGUCAAAGACCAAAAUUACCUCGCCCACCACCAUUCGGCCUACCAAAUUAUCCAAGCAUACCUGACUUAUCUCAUAUACCUCAUAUACCAAAGUUCACGAGACCAACGCAAAGAACAACCAAAGCAACAGACGGCUAUAUUGAGGAAAUAACAGUACCUGAAACGACACUGUUAACAACUUUGAGUCCUAAAGUACCAGAUAGUAAUCUACAAGAUAAACCUGGUAACGAGGAAAUUAAAAAUAAUACGUCAGUAGACGAGACACAGAUCGGAAGUGACGUAUCACUGACUGUCAUACCUUUGGUUGCGAUUGGUGGCUUGGUUGUUAUAGUGGCAGCUGUCAUUAUUUUUGUUUGUAAAAAGAACAACUCCAAGGGAUCAAAAAGCAAAAAGGAUGAUAUGAGCAAAGACUCAAGUGGCAUCGUGCUACAAGACGCGACUAUCAACAUGUGGGACCGCCCACGUGCUUACUCUAACCGAUACGAGUCCUGGGAUAACGGUCAUUUGCAGCUCUCUGAGGAAACUACCAUUAGCAAAGAAGAACCACCGGACGAAUGGGAGUUUCCGCGACAUCGACUUAAAAUUUUUAACAUCUUAGGAGAAGGUGCUUUCGGACAAGUGUGGCGUGCUCAAGCAAUCGAUAUUGACGGAGAAGGUGCUUUCGGACAAGUGUGGCGCGCUCAAGCAAUCGAUAUUGACGGUAAAAAAGGUGAACAGACGGUGGCUGUGAAGACACUCAAAGAAAACGCCUCUGAGAAAGAGAAAAGUGAUUUAUUGCAAGAGUUGAUAGUGAUGAAGAAUUUAGGGACGCAUCCGAAUGUCGUAAGACUCAUCGGCUGUUGUACAGAGAAGGAGCCAACGCUGGUAAUAAUGGAGUACGUGAGCCUGGGAAAGCUGCAGCAGUUCCUGCGGGAGUCGCGCGCGGGCCGCCACUACGGGAACACGCACGCCGGCAGCCAAUUCCUCACAUCGCGUGACCUCACGCACUUCGCCUUCCAGGUGGCGCGAGGCAUGGAUUUCCUCAGCUGCAAAGGGAUCAUUCACCGUGAUCUUGCCGCUAGGAACGUUUUGAUCACUGAAGAGAGGACUUGCAAAGUCGCGGACUUCGGUUUGGCAAGAGAUGUUGCCGGUACCCAUGUUUACGAGAGGAAGAGUGACGGCAGGCUUCCAAUAAGAUGGAUGGCUCCAGAGUCUCUAUAUGAUGACAUAUUCAGUGUGAAAUCGGACAUUUGGAGCUUUGGUGUGUUGCUAUGGGAAAUUGUGACGCUCGGCUCGACUCCCUACCCGGGGCUUUCAGCCGGAGAUGUUAUGAGGAAGGUUCGUGACGGCCAUCGUCUUGAGAAACCGGAACACUGUCGCCGUGAACUAUACAACAUUAUGUAUUACUGCUGGGAGGCGGAGCCUUCUUCACGACCUGACUUUAAAGAAGUGGUUGCUAUGUUGGAACGCCUCUUGUGUACAGAGAUGGACUAUAUAGAGUUAGAGAGGUUCCCCGACCAUUCGUACUACAACGUGCAGAACUUAGAGGGGGAGAAAGUGUAA